AUUUUCUGAAGAGACAGGGAUUUUGCCAAAAACGCACACAAACUCCCAACUCCCAUUUUUAACCUCCACAACGGACUUCUAUCUAUUUCCCAUUCCCUCCCUUUUUGCCUCCCCGCGACAAUGGACACCACCGCCACCGCUACCACUUCCAGAUCUCGCCGAGCCCUAGACUCCCGAUCUGGCGGGAAAAUUUUCCGUCCUCGACGGUCCGCCGGUGCCAGGACUCCCUACGGACGCCCUAGGUUGGUCAAUCCCGCACCACCCGAAAACCCUAAUUGGUUCUCCAGGCUCAUCUACUCGCCUACUCGUAAGAUUGCCAGCGGUGCCGGGAAGAUUAUUUCCUCCGUCUUUGGUCCUGACUCUUCCUCAUCUUCUUCUUCCUCUUCAGAGGAUGGGGCUGAUGAUGAUGAUGAUGAAGAUAUCUCGAUGCAGGAAGAUGAUGGAUUGAAUAAGAGGAAUGGGACAUCAGAAGAGAUCAAGUUCCUUGGGAAGGAGCCCCCAUCAACACUAGGGAAGAGCGACAACAAGCAUGUAAUUGAACAACUGCUUAUCCAGGAGACCUUCUCGAGGGAAGAAUGUGGUAGAUUAAUAAAGAUUAUUAAAUCAAGAGUCGUAGGUUUUACAAAUGCUGAAGAUGCAGAGAAUACAAGACCAGAUGUAGAGUCUCCUGCUAUGGAGGCAAAAAAAUGGUUGAGUGAGAAGAGAUUGGGAUCAACUUCAAAGCCAGUUUUGGAUCAUGGGACCCACACCUUGAGCUCUCUCAUGUUUCCUCAAGGUGGUGAAGACGAAGGUGGUUCACCAGUGGAUGUGGCCAAAGUGUAUAUGCGGGCACGUCCUUCAUGGGCAUCUCCUUCUAUUAAGCAUGGAGAACUGAGAUCUCCGUCAUCAAUAGGGAUGCAACGUUUCGACGAAGAAACCCCAUAUUCAACUGGUGGCAAUUCUGCGCCUACAUCCAAGCCGAAAAGGGACGCCCCAGCUAGUGGGUCCUGGAAUAUUCAGGAGGAAAUACGAAGAGUGCGAUCUAAGGCAACUGAAGAAUUGCUGAGGUCCCUACCUUCUACCAGAAUUGAUUGGUCCGCAUCUGCUUUAGAAAAAAGAAGUGUCUUGGGCUCUUUGCCAGGUGGCCAACGAGAAGAUGAUGUGGGAGAUAAACUUCACAAUUGUAAAAAUGCCAUAGAACUCAUCUUCUGCUCUUUCAGUUUCGGAGAAGGCAGAGUAUGGAUUGCAGAAACAAGAUUUGCCACUUCCGAUGCCGCUUCUAUGGAUGGCAAGGGUACUCAGAAUGCCUUAGAGGAGAUGUUUAGCUCUGGACAACGACUCGAGGCAUCUGAAUAUAUCAAGACUGCUCCAAGUGAUGCUGGUGGUGGUGAUUUUGAUGGACAUAAGGACACAAGUGGGUCUGAACAACAAAAUCCAGUGGUCGGAGGAACCAUACAAGUUCCAGAUUCAAAAUUACACGAUGCAACAUGCUCGAUGACAGAAGUGACUGCAUCAAGAAGUGCUUAUACCGCAAAUGGUUUCCCUUCUUCAGUAGCUGGUUUGUCUGCACGGUUGAAUACAGCAGAAAACUCCGUGCUCAACGGGGAAAGUAAUCCAGUCAGCUCAAGUCAUGAGAUCGCUGCUACAGAUCUCACUUUAGAUGACAUCCGUGAGUUUUUGAAUGAACCUACUGUCGAGGUCACCAACAUAAACGAAAAUGAUAUUGGUGGCACAAAGGAAAACGAUGGCGCUUAUUUGAAUGAAGCUACUGUUGAGGUCCAUGAACUGAUUGAAAAUUAUAUCGAUGUCACAAAGGACAAUGAUUUUGUUGCCAGUGGCUCCCAAAACAGCUAUAGCAUGCCCGAUGACUUAUCACAGGAGCUGACCCAGCCAAGCCCGGUAGCCAAGACUGACACUGUUGUGGAGAAGCAGAAGGGAAAGAGACUGACCAGAUACAACAGGAGAGGCCGGUCACGGGGCAAAUAACACUGAAUUGUGGCUUCUGUACCUUACAGUGUAAUUUAUUUUGUACUAACCCA